AGCUUGGUGCCGCCGUUAAUGGAGUAAUUAGUGAAGAAAUCUUCAAAGGAUUGUUCAUCAUCAUCAACAAGAAGAAGAAGAAGAAGAAGAAGAAGAAGAAAGAAGAAGAAGAGCUUGGGUUUAAUGGCUUCUUCCAAUAUUAAGAACCAGGAAGAAGAACAAACUCCUUCAUUAUUCAGCUUCCAAAACAACAAUUUUGCUGAUCAAUUACCCUUCUCCAUGAAUCUCCCAUCCAUUUCAUCAAAUUUCAUAACCAAAGAUGGAGGAGGUGAUGAUUUGGGAGAAUUGGAUCAAGCCCUUUUUCUGUAUCUGGAUGGACAAGAACCCUCUUCAACCACUACUACUCAUCACCAAUCACAGAACUCGAGCAUGAGACCGCCGAUGUUGAACAUCUUCCCGUCGCAGCCGAUGCAUGUCGACCCGUUGCCGAUAAAAGGAAGCACAGCAAUGAUUAACCAUGGUGAUUCAAAGAUCAAACCAUCAGAGCCGUCCAAAGAGUUGGCCAACCAAAGCAGCAAUGGAGCCACCGUAUCCGGACCAACCCUAACCCAAACCACGACAACCGAACCUCAUCCCAAACCUCCAAAACGUGAAGCCAACAAGAAAGGGCUGACCUCAAGCUCAGACCAAGAAGCCCCCAAAACUCCAGACCCCAAGACCCUUAGAAGACUGGCUCAGAAUCGAGAGGCUGCUAGAAAAAGCAGGCUGAGAAAAAAGGCGUAUGUUCAGCAGCUAGAAUUGAGUAGGAUUAAGCUCACGCAGCUGGAACAAGAGCUACAAAGAGCAAGAACUCAGGGUAUGUUUCUCGGCGGUGGCGGUGGCGGCGCCGUUUUAGGACCUGACCAAGGACUUCCCGUCGGCCUCCAUAACCUCACCACUGAAGCGGCGGUGUUCGACAUCGAAUACGGGCGGUGGCAAGAGGAGCACCACCGCUUGAUGUGCGAGCUCCGAGCAGCGGUGCAAGAACAUCUACGGGAAAACGAAUUGCGGUUGUUUGUCGAUAGUUGUCUGGCUCAUUACGACGAGGUUCUAAACUUGAAGAUGAUGGUUGCUAGGUCCGACGUCUUCCACCUUGUCUCCGGCAUGUGGAAGACGCCGGCGGAGAGAUGCUUCAUGUGGAUCGGCGACUUUAGGCCCUCCGAGCUUAUUAAGAUCAUAAUGGGUCAAGUAGAGCCAUUAACAGAGCAACAACUAAUGAACAUUUGUGGACUGCAACAAUCAACACAAGAGAGUGAGGAAGCAUUGUCUCAAGGGCUUGAAGCCCUAAACCAGUCCUUAUCAGACACCAUCACCUCUGAUUCAUUGAGUACCCCUCCCAAUAUGGCUAACUAUAUGGGGCAGAUGACCUUAGCCAUCAACAAGCUCUCCUCUCUUGAAGCCUUUGUAAGACAGGCGGACAAUUUAAGGCACCAAACGCUUCACCGGUUGCAUCAAAUGUUGACGACUCGUCAAGCCGCAAGGUGUUUGCUAGCCAUUGCAGAGUAUUUCCAUCGACUUCGAGCUCUUAGUUCCUUGUGGUUGGCUCGUCCAAGGCAAGAUUAAACCAAAUUACGACCCUUUUUAAGUCCCAAAACUCUCGUCUUUAACUUCUUCCCUUUCUCAUACUUCCUUUUAACUCUCGAUCUCUAAGAUAACUAUAGAACAAUAUAGAUAUAUAGACAAAUAUACCCUUCUCUCUCUCGCUCACUCCAUCGUUAUAACUAAAGAAAUAUAAAAGAAAAAAAUAGAUAAUAGACAAAUAAUAUAUGUCGGUACGAUCUUAUCAUGCAA